AUGUCGGUUCUCUUAGAGACCAGCGCUGGUGACAUUGUUAUCGAUCUCUUGGUCGAUCAUGCGCCAAAGCUAUGCGAAAACUUUCUCAAGCUUUGCAAGGUCAAAUACUACAACUUCUCCCCCGUUCACUCCGUCCAAAAGAACUUCUCCUUCCAAACCGGCGAUCCUCUCGGCCCUCUCUCGAAAGACUCUGAUGGCGGUACUUCAAUAUGGGGUCACGUAUCCGGCGACCCGUCCGAACGAACAUUCCCAGCCUUCUUCCAUCCCAAGUUGAAACACUUGGAGCGAGGAACUGUUAGCAUGGCCACAGCGCCUCUCCAGUCCGACCCAGAUGUUCGCGUCGCCGGCUCCCAGUUCAUCAUCACACUUGGCCAAGAUACGGACUUUUUAGAUGGCAAAGCGGCCAUCUUUGGAAAGGUGGUUGAAGGCUUCGAGGCGUUGGAUAAGAUCAACGAGGCGAUCGUGGACGAGAAGGGGCACCCGCUCAUCGACCUUCGCAUCAAGCAUACUGUUAUUCUAGACGAUCCUUAUGCCGACCCGCCUGGCCUAAGAGAGCCCAGCUCGAGCCCUCCUCCUACCGACCAGCAAUUGAAGACAGUCCGAAUCGCGGAUGAGGCAGCACUACACGAAGACGAUAAUGUUGAUGAGGAGGAGUUGGAGAGGAGGCGUCGCAAUAGGGAGGCACAGGCCCAAGCUCUUACUCUGGAAAUGAUGGGAGAUUUGCCAUUUGCCGAAGUCAAGCCUCCCGAGAAUGUCCUGUUCGUCUGCAAAUUGAACCCUGUAACGGGGGACGAGGAUCUGGAACUCAUCUUUGGCCGUUUUGGCAAGAUCCUGAGUUGCGAAGUCAUCAGAGACCAAAAGACCGGAGACAGUUUGCAAUACGCAUUUAUCGAAUACGAGGACAAGGCAUCCUGCGAAGCUGCCUACUUCAAGAUGCAGGGAGUUCUGAUUGAUGAUCGGCGCAUUCACGUGGACUUUUCUCAGAGUGUUAGCAAACUGAGUGAUGUCUGGCGAAAAGAUACCAAUAGCAAACGCAGAACAACUGCUGGCCGAGGCGGUUGGGGAGGUGUUGAUGAGCUUGAGAAGCGUCGCCAGUACCGCGACGAGGGAGAAAGGGUCACAGGCGGUAACUACAGAAUGGUCUACGGAGAGGAGGAAAUGAAGGGCAAAGUGGAUAGAAGUGGCCCCAAACAAGAAAAGGACGAUAUUCCUCCACCAAGACCUCAAGGUAAUGGAGAACCAUCACGACAACGAAGCAGGAGUCGAAGUCCACAACCAAGUGACCGAAGUCGGGAUCGUUACCACAAGCCAAGAGACGAUCGCCGAGGGGAUAGAAGAGACAGGGACCGUCGUGAUCAAGAUAGAAACCGAUACCGGGACCGCGAUCAUCGAGACCGAGGCAGAGAGAAGGAUCGAUACGGACGGGAUGACUAUGACCGUAGGUCUAGAAGAUAA